CCGCCCCCUCCCAAAAAAAAAAAAAAACCCUAAAUUUAUUUAUCCAUCCAAAUUCAGCUGGCAAAAUUUGCUGCAUUUUCUUCCAAAGUGGUCGGAGACAAUGGCCGCAGACAGAGGAGUGCUUGAAAAUGAAGAAUUCGUGUACAGAAUCAGCACAUCGGAAGAGUGGGAGGACCUUCAGAGAAGCGAAGCUACAUUUGGUGGAGAUAUCGACAAAUCAUCUGGUUGUAUCCAUCUUAGCAAGCUUCACCAGGUCCCGUCGACUUUACAGAACUUUUUCCAGAAUGUUAAUGGAGAUUUGUACCUACUCCAAGUUGCUGCUGUAAAGCUCGGAAAAGGAUUGAUUUAUGAAGCUGUUGGAAACUCCGACGUUUUUCCUCAUUUCUAUGGCCCAUCUCGAAGUUUUAGCCCUCUUCCACUAGAUGCCAUCACAAAAGCGGAGAAGCUGAUUCUAUCUGAUGGCAAAUUCAGUUGCAGCUUGCUGAACUGAAUGGGGUCGGGUCCACGUUUGUCAUAUAACCGUUGGUUUUAUGCUGUGUACUUGUCGUGUUAAGUUAUAUAAUAAAGGAUGAUAUGGAAUGAUUUGCUUCAGUUGAUUUCGGCAUUUCUUCUCUGUACCUUUAAAACAUUGCGAAUAUUAUAAGCUUGUAACAAUAUUUUGGCGUCGA